GGGGCAGCUGUCACUAUCUCCUGAAUAGGGAGGAGGGCAGCUCUCUGUGCCCGGCACUCUAUACCCAGUGCUUUGCCCGGGAAGAGGAGGUAGGGAGGAUUGGCUGCUGGGCACUGCUGGGGUCCCACUGCCUCUCCCCAUGAGCUCCAGGGAUGAGGGGCCACCGGUGGCUGAACCGAAGUUGGAGACAGUUAUUCAGAAGCUAGAAAGCAACGUCCUGACCUCGGAGGAGGAAAAGGGCCUGACAGUGCAGGAUCCAGGCCAGGACACGGGGCCCUCCCGCCUGCCUGCUUGCAUCCGUGAAAUCGUCACACGAAAUCUCUCUGAGCCUGAGAACCCAGAGGCUUCUCAGUCCCCAGAGAUGGCAUCCUUGCUAACACUCCAGGAAGAGAACCGCAUCCUGCAGCAGGAACUAUCCCGAAUUGAGGACCUGUUGGCCCAGAGCCGGGCAGAACGGGAUGAGCUGGCCAUAAAAUAUAAUGCCAUCAGUGAGCGGCUGGAGCAGAGCCUUCGGCUGGAGUCCGGGGAGCGGGAGCCCUUGGGGUACGGGGUGCUGGGCCAGCAGACCUUGGAGCUGCGACGCCAGCUAGAGGACGAGCAGGCCAGCUACAAGCGCAAACUCCAAGCCUACCAGGACGGGCAGCAGCGCCAGGCCCAGCUGGUGCAGAAGCUACAGGCCAAGGUUCUCCAGUACAAGAAGAAGUGUGGAGAAGUGGAGCAGCAGCUUCUGGAAAAAUCUGCAGAGCUGGAGCACCAGAAGUUAGCGCAGGACGAAGAACACAGCCAGGACCUGGAGAAUGCUCUCGUUCGGCUGGAAGAGGAGCAGCAGAGGAGCGCCAGCCUGGUGCAGGUGAACGCCAUGCUUCGGGAACAGCUCGACCAGGCCAGUGCAGCCAACCAAGCCCUGGCCGAUGACAUCCGCAAAGUGACCAGCGACUGGACCCGGAGCCGGGGGGAGCUGGAGCAGCGAGAGGCCGAGUGGCGGCGGGAGGAGGAGUCUUUCAAUGCUUACUUCAGCAAUGAACACAGCCGGCUGCUCCUUCUUUGGAGGCAAGUAGUGGGCUUCAGGAGGCUGGUCAGUGAGAUGAAGACUUCCACGGAGAGGGACUUGUCCCAGCUGGGCAUAGAGCUGGCCCGGACCUCCCGUACCAUCCACUCAGCCAGCGUAGGGCUGAGCGGGAGCCUCCGGCUGGCGGAGAGCAGCAGCGAGGCCGCCAUGGAGAAGGCCGCCCUGCUCCGCACCCAGCUGGAGGAGCAGCUGCGCGACAAGGUACGCGACAUGAUCCAGCUCCAAGUGAAGAGCGACCUGGAGAAAGCCGAACUCAACUCCAGGGUGAACGAGCUGACCUUGCUGGUGGAGCAGCUUCAAAGCCAGAAUUCAGAGAAGGACCGAGCCAACGAGGCCCUGACCCAGAAGGUGGAAGCAUUGGAAGCUGUGCGGCUGCAAGAGCAGGCGGCCAUGGAGGCUGAGGAGGUGGAGGCCCUGAGGAAUGAGUCAGAAGUGCUACAGCAAACCUUGCGGGACCUGGCCCAGGCUGUCCUGUCUGACACAGACAGUGGUAUCCAGAUGGGUGGUAUGGAGCGUACCCCCGAGGCCUCAGAUGGCAGUCUACGCGGCCUCUCUAGCCUGCGAACCCCUUCCCCUCUCCGGCGCUCAUCACCUCGCCCCAGUGGCUCCCCUCGCCCCAGCCUGUCCCCAGCCUUCUCUGAUUCUACCCUUGCCUUGGUCCAUUCUGCCCUGCACAAGAGACAAAUGCAAGUCCAGGAUAUGCGAGGACGCUAUGAGGCCAGCCAGGAUCUUCUGGCCUCCCUGAGGAAGCAGCUGGCAGACGGUGAGGCUGAGCGCCGGAGUCUGGACAAGCAGGUUCUGCAACUUCGGGACGUGGCUGAUGGUGCCGUCCAGGCCAAGGAAGAUGCCCUUCGAGACAUCCAGAGGCUGCGCAGUGCCCAUGACCUGCUGAGCAGCGAGAAGGAUGGACUGGUGCGGAGCCUGGCGGCCAUGCAGAUGCAGGUGGAGAUGCUGCAGCAGGAGAAAGAGAAGCUGCAGCUGGCCCAGGAUGAGCUGCAGAGGCAGAGGGACCAGCUGGAGGAGGAGAAGGAGGAUAUCACCCAGGACAGAGAGAGAUUCCACAAGGAAAUAGAGCGGGGUCAUAAACAGUUGGAGCAGCUGGAGGUGAAGAAGUCAGGGCUGAUGAAGGAGCUGAUCUUGGCUAAGGAGACCCUAAGCAAGGCCACUUUGGCAAAGGAGGUGAUGGAGGCCGAGAAGACGGAGGUGACGGAGGCACUGACCAAGGUGGAGGCCAGCAGGGCUGAGCUGGAGCUGUCCAUGAACAGACUGAAGGGAGAGGAAGCAUCUCUGCGGGAUUCCUUGUCCAAGUUGAGUGCCCUCAAUGAGGGCCUGGCCCAGGACAAACGGGAACUGAACCAACUGGUCUCUCAGCUUGAAGAGGAGCGGGGAACCCUCCUUGGGCAGAAGCGAGAUGCUGAGCAGGAGAAGGCUGCUGCCCAGGAACAAGUGGCACAGCUGGAGCAGGAGAAGCUGGUGCAGGAGGCAGAGAGGCAGAGCCUGGAACGCUCCCUCCAGGCUGCCGAGCUGGCGCGGGAGGCCCUGGAGCAGCAGCUGCCUGCCUUUCAGAAGGAGCGUGGCCAGCUCCAAGAUCAGCUGUCGCAGUUGUCAAGACAGUUGGGAGCACAGCAGGAGGAGCUGCAGAGAGCUCACAGAGAUGGGGAGCGGCAUUCGGAGGGGCUGGAGCGGGCUUUCCGGGAGAUGGAGUCACUGACCAAGGAGCGCGCCAGCCUGCUAGUGCAGCUGACUGCCUCUGAGCGAGAGAAUCGGUCCUUGGCUGAGGAGGUAGCCGGCCUCCGCUCAGAGAAGGACACCCUGGAGACCAGCCUGUUUGAUGCCCACCGACAGCUCAGCCAGAUGGAGGCGCGCAGGGAGCAGCUGGAGGCUGAUGUGCAGGGCCUGCUGCUGGCCAAGGAGACGCUGACCGGACAGCUAGUGGGUCUUCGGCGGCAGAUGGAGACCGAGGUACAGAAGCUGGUGCGGGACAAGGAGCUGCUAGCCCAGCAGCUGGUGCAGGUGGAGCAGGAGGCCCAGGCCACCCUUCGAGGAGAACAGGCAGCCCACGAUGAGGACGUAGAGCGGCUGCGUCAGGAGAAGGAGGUGGCCCGACGAGAGCUGGAAGCUGAGCGAACGGAGCUGCUGCACCGCCUGAGCCAGGAGCGAGAGGAGCUGCUGGCUCGGCUCGAGGCGGAGAAGGAGGAGCUGAGCGAGGAGAUCACUGCCCUGCAGCAGGACCGGGACGAGAGCCUCUUGCUGGCGGAGAAUGAGAAGCAGCAGGCCCUGUCUCUGAAGGAAUCAGAGAAGACGGCUCUGUCCGAGAAGCUUUUGGGCACCCAGCAGAGCCUGGCCACCAUAUCCAUGGACUUGGAGAGGCAGAAGCGCGAUGCCUUGACCCGUCAGGAACAGGACCGGAGCACCGUGAAUGCCUUGACCGCAGAGCUGCGGGACCUCCGGGCCAAGUUUGAGGAGGCCAUCAACAACCAUGAGCGCGAGGUGAAGGCGCUGCAGGAGCAGGCCCGGGAUCUGGGCCGACAGCGUGAAUCCUGCCUGCGAGAGGCUGAUGAGUUAAGGACUCAGCUCCGAUUGUUGGAGGAUUCCCGGGACGGGCUCCGGAGGGAGCUGCUGGAGGCCCAGCGGAAGGGCCGAGAGGGACAGGAAGGGCGGGAGGCACAGCGCCAAGAGACCCUAGAGCUGCGCCGUAGCCUGGGGGACAGCACCAAAGAGCGAGAGGCCCUGAGGCGCUCCAACGAGGAGCUGAGAGCCGCUGUCAAGAAGGCGGAGAGUGAACGCAUCAGCUUGAAGCUCGCCAAUGAGGAUAAGGAACAGAAACUGGCACUUCUGGAAGAGGCUCGGGCGACCUCAGGCAGGGAGGCAGGAGAGCUGCGGGCAGGGCUGCAGGAGGUCGAGCGGUCCAGGCUCGAGGCCCGGCGGGAGCUGCAGGAGCUCAGGCGCCAGAUGAAGAUGCUGGACAGUGAUAACGCCAAGAAGACCCAGGAGCUGGUGGAGCUGCAGGGUCGAGUAGCCCUGAGCCAGCAGCUGGAGAAGGAGGCUCGCAGGGAGGCCUUCGGCCUCAAGCAGAAGGUUCUGAAGGGAGAGGUCGCCCUGGACGGGACCAAACAAGAGCUUCUUACAGUUCAGAGGAGACUUUUGGAGGUGGAGCAGGGAUUCCAGGCCCGGGAGCGAGGCCUCCUGGGCUCCCUGGAGGAGUCUCGGGGCUCGGAGAAGAAGCUUCUGGACAACGCUCGGAAUCUGGAGCUGAAGCUAGAGAGGACGCAGGCCGAAGCUGGGGAGCUGGGACUCCGGCUGAGCGCCGCAGAGGGCCGGAUCCAAGGCCUCGAGAUGGAGCUGGCCCGAGUGGAAGGGCAGCGGCGAGAGGCUGAAUUCCAGCUGAGCAGCCUGCGCUCAGCCCUGCGCCGCACGCUGGGCAUAGGAAGGGUCCCUAGUCCUGCCUUCCGGGCCUACGCCAACUCCCCUAAGAGGAUCCCCUCCCCAGCGAGAGGGAGUGGGGAGUCGCCUCCAGAGGGGUCCAGUUGCUCCAGCUCCCCCGAACGCACCCGUCACUCCUGCGCCACCUCCCCGGAGCCCAUGUCCUCCCCGCCACCUCCCACCAUGGACCUGGAUGCUGAGACGGUGCGGGCGGCCCUGAGGCAAUUCCUGAAGGAGCUCCAGGAUGCCCAGCGGGAACGGGAUGAGUUACGGGUUCGAGUGAGCACCCUGAACCGACAGCUCGCCGACUCAGAAAGGGCUCGAGACACAGCCAACACCCACGUGGAGCAGCUGCAGAAGCUGGUGGUUGAGUGCGAAGAAGGGCGACGUGGGGCAGACGGGCGGCUGAGCGGGGCCCAGGCAGCCCUCGUGCUUCGCGAGGAGAGCGUCCGGCGCAGCGAGCGGGAGCGCCGGGCUGCUCUGGACCAGGUGGCCACCCUGGAGAGGAGCCUGCAGGCAGCCGAGAGUGAGCGGCGGGCCAGCCAGGAGAAGAUCAGUAAGAUGAAGGCUAAUGAGGCCAAGCUGGAGAGCGACAAGCGGAGACUAAAGGAGAUCCUGGAUGCCUCGGAGAGCCGGGCCACCAAGCUGGAGCUGCUUCGGCACUCCCUGGAGGGCGAGCUGCAGCGGAGCCGGCUAGGGAUGGGGGACCGGGAAUCCCAGGCCCAGGCUCUCCGGGAUCGGGCAGAGAACUUGGAGAGACAGCUGGCAGACAGUGAGCUGAAGGCCGGGGCCCUCCAGUUGACCGUGGAUAGGCUGAACAUAGCGCUGGCCAAGGCGGAGGAGAGUGAGGCAGCCCUGAAGGAGAAGGUUCAGGGCCUGACGGCAUCCCUGGCGGAGAGCAGCCGUGCUGUGACCUCGGCCCAGGACAAAAACCUGCACCUCCAGAAGUCCCUGACGGCCAGUGAGCAUGACCGCAGGGUCCUCCAGGAGCGGUUAGAUGUUGCCCGCCAGGCCACGGCAGAGGCCAAGAAGCAGAGCAGCUCCCUGGGGGAGCAGGUCCAGACUCUGCGCAGUGAGCGAGCAGACCUGGAGCUCCAGAAGGCUGACCUUGAGGGCCAGGUGCAGCAGCUGCAGGAGCUGCUCGACCAGCGGCAGGCGAGUGAGACCACUGCUCUGCAGGGCCUGCAGAAGGUGAAAGAGGAGAAGCAGCAGCUUCAGGAGUGCCUGACCAGCCUGCAAAAGUCCCUCAGCCAGCUGGAGGGGGAGAAGCGAGAAGCCGAGCGCUCGGCCUUGCGGCUCGAGAAGGACCGUGCUGCCCUCAAGAGGACUCUGGACAAGGUGGAGCGUGAGAAGCUGCGCAGCCACGAGGAUUCUAUUCGGCUGAACCACGAGAAGGGCCUCCUGGACCGCUCGCUCACUGGGGCCGAGCAGCAGAUCCAUCAGCUGGAGGCCCAGCUGCUGGAGAUGGAGCAGGGUCAGUGCCUGCUGGAGACAGGGGGACAGACGCAGCUGGAGCUGCAGCAGGAGUUAGAGCGGCUGCGAGGGGCUCAGGCCCAGGCCGAGAGGACCAUGGAGGCGCGGGAGCGCGUUCACCGUCAGCGCAUUCGUGGCCUGGAGGAGCACAUCUCCACCCUGAAGGAACGGCUGCAGCAGGAACUUCGCAGGGUCCCCCAGGGCUUCUCUCCAUCCUCUUCAUCCUCUGCCCCCUCUGGAAACUGAGCCCCCCUCCUGCUUGGGCAGCCACUGAGCCCCCAUCCUCACCCCGGACCUGGACACUGUCUUGGUGCUAGGCCUGCUUCUGGCCCAGCUGCCCCAGAGCUUUACAGGGGCACUGGGGGACCAUGGGCCAGGGCCUGACCACUGAAGAAUGGUGGGUGGGAAAGGAGGGGAAGCCAUGGCCUGCUUGGCUGCAGAGGGUGGAACGAGGAGCAGAAUCAGAGAUUUAGGUUCAAUACAUGGAAACAUUAACCACCAGUCAGAGUGGCCUGGGCUGCCUUGGGAGAUGCUCCCCAUCACUGGAGAGAUCCCAGCAAAGGCGGUGGGAUGACCACGUGUGGGGGGAUUGUACCGGGGACCCUGCUCAGGUCUGGUUGGCCCAGAUGGCCGCUGAGGUCCUUCAGGCUCUGAGAUCAUGUGAUUCUGUGACUGUUUCCCCUCCACAGCUGGGCUGCUGGCAGAGGCUGGAUUCCAGCCCCCCCCCCCAAGGUACCAAGGUCAGCUUCCCCUGCCUGUGGAUCAAGCCCAUUAGGCCCAGAGUCAGGGGUAGUGAAUCACUUUGUUUGGGAUGAGGGAGGACCCCCAAUUCAGUGCUCCGCUCCCUGCUCCCUACCCCCCCUUGCCAGGUGACUCUGGCCUCUUCCCAGAAUCUCCAACAGUCAUCUCCAUUGGCUACCUCUCAGAGAACAUCUAAGCAUAGCCCCACAGGCCUGUGGCUCUUAUGCCUUUUAAGGAAAAAACCUACCUGUGUUUCUUUGAG